GGAGGAAGCGGACGUGGCGGGGCCGGGGCUCGGGCGGCGGGGAUGGCGGCGCAGCUCGGCCCGCACGAACUGCUGCAUGUCUUCUCCUUCCUGGAAGCCCGCGACCUGCUGCGCGCCGCGCAGGUGAACAAGGUGUGGAAUGAGGUUUCAAUGACCAAGGAACUGUGGAGGCAGCUGUGUCUGAGGCGCUGGGCCUCCUGCAAAGCCUUCCCAAUGGUCGUGGGCACACAGACGUGGAAACAGUACUAUUUCUGCCGGUCAGAGCUGGAGUUCCGUGUGGAAUCCGGGCGGCCACAGGACUUCAUCUGCAAAGCUAUUUCUGGGCACACAGGAAAGAUAGAUGAGCUGGCCUACAUCUCGCCCCACGAGUACCGCUUUGAUGACAGGGCCAGGUCCGUGGUUUGCACUGUGUCUUCAGACUGUACUGUGCGUGCCUGGGAUCUACGUGAGGGCACAGAGAUCUGGUCCAGUCCUGUGCAGCCUGCUCCUCUGGUGACUUUGGUGGCCUAUCCUCAGCUGCAGCUGGUUGUCACAGUGGACGUAGAGGGCUUGAUCAUGGGGUGGAAAGCAGAGACCGGGGCGGAGUGGGCUUCCUUCAGCUUACCAGCCUCCUGUUCGUCAAUGGAGACCUGUGACCACCCAGAUGGCCCCUUCCUGCUGGUAGCCUGUGCUGAAGGGAGCCUCUAUACUCUGACAGUACCGCAGCUGCAAAUGGUCUCCAAGGUAGCCACAUUUCCUCGUGCCUCUGUGAGCCUCUCGUGCUCACCUGACCAACAGUGGGUGUUUGUGUCUGCACAAGGCUCAGACGUGGGCCCCAAGCUCUUCUACACUCAGCCCCUGCUACUCCCAUCAGAAGACGGACUUCCUGUCUCCACCACUGUCCCGGUCAGGCUGAGCUCCAGAGCCUGCUGGGCUCCUGACGAGGCGGCCAGGCUGAUGGUGCUGCACAGGGAUGAUGGCGGCAUGCACCUGGCGAUCACUACCUUCGAGUUAAAGACCAGCAAGUCCAGGGGCAGAGUGAGCAUCCUGGCACAACAGCUGGCCAGCUUCCCCUUGCCGGACAACUUGACUCCUCACCUCAUGCAGGGCCACGGCUCCCAAGUGAUCCUGCUGGCCUCCAGGUCGGAGCUGGUGCUGUUCACCAUCCAUGGCCUGCAGCUGGUGGCCUUCCAGGACCACCAGAAGCCCAUUACGUCUAUGUGGGUGGAUCUGAACUGUGUCAUCACCUCUGCCUUGGACCUGUCGCUGCGUGUCUAUGUGUGGAAUAAGGAGAACACAUCUCCUGUCCUCAAGAGCUGCUAUCAUUUGCUUGGAGGAUCUCACAGAUGGGCCAGUGGAUUUACCCAUGUGAAAAGCGACAGCGUGAGCAUCGCCGGGGUGGAAGCCAGAAGCACCGGAACAAGUAUUCUGAGGUCGUAUUGCUACAGAGUUCACCUUAGCGCCACCAGCUGAAGCUGCUCUCACCUUGGGUGCAUGCAGACUCUACCAAAGAUUUGUCACCUUUGGGGAAAGAGCCACUGAGAGCUGUAUUCUCGCAGGAGCCAGUGAAGUAGUUUCUAUUGCCUGUGUUUCACUGUCCUGCCCCGAGAAACAAAGGAGAGUAAGUACCAUCUCUGAGGCUUCUCAGGUGCUGGUCACACACAGUGGACUGUUUGUGGUAGUGCCACACAGCCUGCUGGCUUGCAGUGUCAGGAUCGCUGCAGAGUUGUUUUUGUUAUGGAGAGUGUCAUUAAAAUAUCUUUGUCUGCCUGUGCUGUGUUGUACUGUAGACACACACUCAUGCACAGACUUUGCUGUCACUGGAAUGAGUUCUGUGAGACCAUCUCAAAACCUCAAGGGCACCAGCAAAGCAGAACGAAGACGGCAGCUUUAGAGUUGAUCAGCAUGUGAGCCUUGCUGGGUGAGUGGUUGUGCCAUGGGUUUCUUAAUUACAAGCAGUGUGUUCUGGCAGUUAACCACCGAAACCAAAAGCGGAACUUGGUAGAAGUCAAUAGAGCAUCUCACUUUCGAAGGGAGAGCUGCAGAACCAAGAUGGAUCGAGGCAGCAUGGGCAGUAGCCAAUUCAGGUUGUGUUCUCUGCUACCACUGAGCAGCUUCUAGCCGCCUCCAUGGAAAACACGUCUCAGCUGUUCCUGGGAGAGAGGUGGGGGCGGGGAGCAAUAUGUGUGUCCAUGCUCCUCUGACAUCCCAUCUUGGGGUCUCAGGGGUCACAAGUCCACACACAGGAAGGAGGAGCCUGAUUUCUUCAUGUGCAGGAGGUACCUCUAACAAAGACUCACACAAUGGAGAGUUUUCUAUCUUGAGGAAUUUUUCAUUAUUUUUGAAGAAUAAAGACAGGAACUUCAGACUGUUUUGUAACGGAAGUUUUAGUUUCUUUGUAAACUCAGUUAUGUUGUGUAAAUAUGCUUUUGUCUUAAUCCCAAGUGUGGGGUUUUUGUUGGCCUAUAGUUUAUCCACAGCUGAUACCUGUCUUGUUUGGGACAUGGCCUUUGACAGCUGGUAAUGGCCUGCCUUGUGUGGCACAGAGAGGGGUGUGGUCUGAGGAUAUAAAUAUGAGCACCUAGAGAGAAGAGUGGUCUGUGGUGGUGGCAUGUGGUGAGGGACACUUUAGAGAGAUGGAUGGUAUGGUGGCUUAGAGCAGACAAACUGAGAGAAACACUUCAGGGCACAGCAGCCUGUAGGAGCCUGCUGGCUGCAUUUGCUGUUGACAGAGAUUGGUAUAGCCCUAAAAGAACCCAUUACCCCUAAACAGCCCGGAGAAAUAAAGGGGGUCUGCGCCCCUCUCCCCACUAACCCUCUCUUUCCUACUUAGGGUUGAGGAGCUGGAAGAGACUUAAAAAAAAUAGCUUAAAAACGAGUACCACAUUGCUUUGCCUAAUAUCUGAGUGCACCUGUUUCUUACAUUAAGCCUUUAGCAACAGUGUACAUGCCAUAAAUAACCAUGGCCACAUAGGACACGGAUGAUUCCAUAAGAGUUCCUGCUCUGAAGCUGCCAGUGGGAGUCCUCACCUGCCCCCACACAGUUCUAUAUGAUGUUCUAACUCAUGACCUAAGAAUGAAAGUAAAGAGGACAGAGCCAUCCCUAGAUGGCAGUGGGGAAAAGGGUGGAGAUGAAACCAGCAGACACAGCUACCAUGGCCCAGCAAGAAAGAGAGCUGCCAUGUUGUAAAGAUGAUGGGAAGAUUCUGACCAGAUGGAGACACUGUGGGCACGUUCUAGUUACAGGUGCUCUUAGAGGCAGCAUCCUCAGGACACAGACGGAUUCCUGUUAAAUUCCCUCCUUGGGAAAGGGUCCGCUCUAACAUGAGGGACAUGCAAGGCUCCUACCCAAACAGCCCACAGACAAGCAUGUAAAGCUCUAUGAGCCUGCCUUCUGCAAACCAAGGAGUCAAGCCUAGUACCACAGGCUCAUGACCUCUGCCAUUUUGAAAGUUGAGCCUAGUCUACUGAGUGAGUUUAAGCAAAGCCUAACCCACUUACACUGUCUCAAAAUAAAAAGUAAAAUGAAGGCUAGAGAUGGAUAUCACUUUAGUGCUGCAGAGCACUUGCCUAAUUUGUGGGGCCCUGGGUUUAAGUCUUGGUGAUAUAAAAAAAAAAAUUGAAGAACUAUAUAAAAGCUGUUAUAAAAACUGUAUAAAAGUUUGUAUGCUUCUAAGUAUUAUGUUAUAAAUGUUAUCUGGAGGUGAUAAUAUAGAACUUUUAAAACAUGAACAAGUUCUAAAAAUGUUGCACUCUUCUAUACAGUGUUUUAGAAACCUAAUAAAGGUGUUAGAAUUACUAAGAAAAACUCAGCAACAGUGGUAAAAGCAACCCACAAAUGAGAGUCUGUGUACCAGUGAUAAGAUGAAAAGCAUCCUGUUCACAGGAACAGUAGAAUUUCCAGAAGGAAAACAGAGACUUUCCAGGACAAAGUCAUUAUUUCAUGUUCUCAGGUCAAGUACUGACAGUAUUGCUAUAUUUUUUUAACAUGGAAAAAAAAAAAGAUUCUAAAAAAUAUAUCUGGAGCUACAACUAGUCAAGACAGUCCUGUAGAAACAAGAGUUAGAGAAUGGGAUAGAGCCGCCCUGUGAGAUACAAAGGAAAAGUAAACUUGGAUAAUUAAAUAAUGAUUGGUCGGUCAUACAGCAGAAUAGAAGGUCACCAAAUAGCAUGAGGAUUUAGAAACUUACACACAGUAGGUAAGGUUUUGAGUGGUGUGUGGGGAGCAAAGCUGAAGAGACUUUGCCCCAGUGCGUGGAGUUGGAUCUUCCCACAUGUCAACACAUUAGAAUUCCUCAAAUGGAAAAAGUCAAAAGGAAAGUCACAGACAAAAUUGGAACCGGGUGUCAGAGUUACUGAUAACCCAUGGCAGAAUCUCUAGUUCCUGCCCCCCACUCUUGUCAUAUAAAGGAAGCACACUUCUCUCUACUGGGUCUUGUGACAUCGAAAGACUUACUUAUACAUGGUGUAUUUUGUAUGAGAAUGCAUGCUUUUAGAAUUGUUAUGGACAUGAAACUUGCAGGGAUAAGAGUUUCUUAUUGCUCACAUGAACAACAAACUGGAAAGCAGCCAAAUUAAAUUGCUGAUUUUCAAUAAAAAGUGACAUACAGAGACAUUGUAUGGAGCAAAGAGUGACAUCAUCCACAGAGAUAACUUCUUCCUCAUCACAUAUGCUGCAAGCUAGAUGUACCCUCCCUCCCUUAAGUCUCCAAAGUCCAGUCAACACAAAUGUCCUGGCUGGUUUUGUGUGUCAGCUUGACACAAGCUACAAUCAUCAGAGAGGAAAUGCCUCCAUGAGACCCAGCUAUAAGGCAUUUGCUCAAUUAGUGAUCAGUGGAGGAGGGUCCAGACCACAGUGGCCCUGCAAGGGGGUAGGUGGGUGGUCCUGGGUUCUAUAAGAAAUCAGGCUUAGCCAGCCAGGGAAGCCAAUAAGAAAUACCCCUCCACAGCCUCUGCUUCAGUGCCAGCCUCCAGGUUCCUUUCCUGUCCUGAAUUCCCCCAAUGAUGACCAGCAAUGUGGAAGUGUAAGCUGAAUAAAGCCUUUUCUCUACAA